GCGGUCAACGCCAAGAUUUAACUAACCAAAUAUAGUAGCAAAAGAUAGCUCACCUAAAAUUCACAGACAUAUAUAUAUAUAAAUAGCUGUCAAACCUCUGUCCCCAUAUGUUGCAGUCAGUGUUGUUCGUAAAAGACUCCAACGAUGUAUGAACCAGUCAAUUCAGAACUAACCAGGUGAAAGUAACCUAAUAUGGCUGAUAAAGAAUCAGUAGUUGUCUCGUCCACUAUUUCUCUAUCUCCACCGCUACCCCAGCCUCAGUCCAGUAAAAAUGCAAUAAUGGCUGAUAGCUCUGGUAGUGAUGGUAAUGAACAAAGCCAAAGUACUGAGAAUUGGCAUCCAAAGUUAGAUGAAAAUUUUGAUCUGGAGACUGUUUCAUUGAAUCCGUAUCAGACCAUAGACAGUCUUGACAACUCUGAACACUCGUCUCUCGAAACCUCUAUACAUGAUUUGACUGAGAACAUCGGAGAUAUCAACCAUCAUCAUCUCUGGGCUGAAGAACAGGGCAGGUCUGAAGAGAAUUCAGUAGAUGAUUUUGUAUCAGUUAGAUCUCUAUUCACUAAUAUCACUGAUUUUGAGGAAAACCCGCUCACCCUAAACAUGGACGUAGUGUCGGCAGAAAAAAUGAAUCACCCUGGAGAUGGUAUCUUCAAAGGACAUCCUCAGAAACGAAAAGUAGAUAGUGAUUCUAAAAACAUGUUGGAUAAGGAUGUUAUUGUGACAAGUGUUGCGAGGCAAAAUAUUAAAACUGUUGAACAAGAUAUGAGCAGCAAAUCUGAUUUCCCUGAAAGGCAGUGGAAGAAGCAAAAAGUUGAUUCUGAUUUUGGCAAAACUGAAUUAUCGCAAAUAAAGAUUAGUUUUAAAACUGAAAUGGAAAAACUUGGCAACCGAGAAGUAUUCUUUCAUGGAAACCAUGGAAGUGCAGGACAGGGGGCAAAUAAAUUAGCAGCCGAGAAUGAUGCAGGAACAGCAAAACCUGAUGAAAAUGAACAAGAAGAUGGAGAAUUAGAAUUUGACAUUGUUGAUGAGAUCGAAGAUGAGCCAAUAGACAGAGGAGAAGAUGAGGUAAUCAUGGCAACAGAUGAGGAAGAUAAUGAUAGUUUCACUGAAGAAAUUGAUGCAAUGUUGGACGAAGGAAUGUCUUUUUAUAAUAAAGAGAAAAGAAAUCGAAAGAAAGCUAAUUUCACUGAGAACUAUGAUGAUUCAAGAGAUUCUGAUACACCUGAAGGACUGAUUGGCAUAACACACAAGACAGUACUGAAAGCAAGAGGGCGUGCACCACUAGAACCUCUACCAGAAGGUUGGGUUGUGAUAACGCAUGGAUCUGGUAUGCCGUUAUAUUUACAUAGAUCUUCUAGAGUUGUGACCUGGUCAAGACCUUAUUUUCUUGGUAUUGGAAGUGCAAGGAAACACAAAGUUCCAGUUUUGAGUAUUCCAUGUAUGCACUACAAGCGAGAGACAGAGAAAAAUGAUGUUUUGGCAACUGAAGAAAAUGCAGAAGAUGCAACAAACUCUAGUAGCUGCACUGAAAUCACACAACCACCUCUAGAGGGCAGUAUACCACAGGGUGCAGAUGAAACGAAAGAUGAGAUGAAAUCUAAAAUAGAAGUGUGUAAAGAUGAAUCUGUCACAAUGGAAGAAUUUGGAGAGUAUGUUGGGAAGCUGUUUGAAUUUGAAAAUAUAUCAAUAAAGAAAUUCAACUCGUGGUCUGCCAGAAGAAAACACAACAGAGAACAGAGAAGAAAACGAGCUACUGAACGUCCACAGUUCCCUGGAAUUUCAAAUGUGGUGUCCUUGAAAUUACCUGAAAAUGGUCCAACGCACAAAGGAAAAAAAGAAAUUACUCUGAAUCUUCAUAAUAAAACUAAUGUGUGUCUCCUACAUGAAUACUCCCAAAGAGUUUUAAAAGCACAUCCUAAGUAUAUAUUUAAUGAAAAUGAGAACGCUAGUGCUCCAUUCCAGGCAGUCAUUGAAAUCAACAAUGUAAAGUAUGGUUCAGGAUUUGCUAGCAAUAAAAAACUUGCCAAAGAAGAAGCAGCCAAGAGUACAUUAGAAAUUUUAGUUCCUGAAUUGAUUGCUCAAAAAGAGGAGCAGAAAUCGGAGCCUAACAAUUUAGAGUACUUCGAUCACAUUGCAAUAGAAGAUUCUAGAGUUUAUGAUUUAUGUCACAAAGCGGGACAGCUGUCACCAUGGCAGAUAUUACAAGAGUGCCUUAAAAGAAACCAUGGUAUGGGAGAUACAAGUGUUAAGUUUGAUGUGAAAGUCAGUAAAAAUCAGAAAAGUGAAUAUACCAUGACAUGUGGCAAACAUGUAGCUAUGGGUUUUUGCAAGAACAAAAUAAUUGGCAAACAAUUGGCAUCCCAGACUAUACUACAGGNACUGCACCCUCAGAUACAUUGCUGGGGUUCUUUAAUUAGAAUGUAUGGGAAAGGGGUAUGUCUGUUGGAUAAAGAGAAACAACAAGCUGAGCAGAGUGUAAUGGAACUGCAGCAGCAUGGCAAGAAAAACAGACCUAAUCUUCAUAUAUUGGCAAAAUUGCAAGAAGAGAUGAGAAAAAUGUAUUCAGAGGAGCAGGAUAAGAAAAAGAAAGUCAAGAAAUUCCAUCCAGGUAAUAUCGAGAAGCCUUCCACAGCACUUUGUACAUUAGAUGUCUGA